CGACAGGCCUGGCGGUUCUCUUCGUAGUGUGUUUCGGAGCCUCCUGGGGGGUCCGCGUGAUUUUCCGCGGUGUUCGUACAGUCCCAGGAAGGGGCUGGUGGAGUCCGAGGACUUAUCUUGAGGCCGGAGUGUCUCGGCGGACCUUCGGGGUUCACCGGAGACGUAAGGCAGAGUCACUUUAAUUAUUUCUAACACUGAUUUCAAACUACUUAUCCUUGGAUAACAGUCCAGUUAUAUUAAAGUAUGGCUGGUUAUAAGCCUGUAUCGAUCCAGACAUAUCCUAUACUUGGUGAAAAAAUCACCCAAGAUACACUGUACUGGAAUAACUAUAAGACCCCUGUUCAGAUCAAGGAGUUUGGUGCAGUGUCAAAAGUAGACUUUUCUCCACAGCCUCCAUAUAAUUAUGCUGUCACAGCUUCUUCAAGGAUUCACAUUUAUGGCCGAUACUCCCAAGAACCUAUAAAAACCUUUUCACGGUUUAAAGACACGGCGUACUGUGCUACUUUUCGACAGGAUGGUAGACUGCUUGUGGCGGGCAGUGAAGAUGGUGGCGUUCAGCUUUUUGAUAUAAGUGGGAGGGCUCCCCUCAGGCAGUUUGAAGGCCAUACUAAAGCAGUACAUACAGUAGAUUUUACAGCUGACAAAUAUCAUGUGGUCUCUGGGGCUGAUGAUUAUACAGUUAAAUUAUGGGAUAUUCCAAACUCCAAGGAAAUUCUGACAUUCAGAGAACAUUCUGAUUAUGUGAGGUGUGGAUGUGCUAGCAAACUGAAUCCAGAUCUCUUUGUAACAGGGUCAUAUGAUCAUACUGUGAAGGUGUUUGAUGCACGAACAAACCAGAGCAUUAUCUCUGUUGAACAUGAGCAGCCAGUGGAGAGUGUCCUUCUUUUUCCUUCUGGAGGUCUUCUGGUAUCAGCAGGAGGUCGUUAUGUUAAAGUCUGGGACAUACUGAAAGGAGGACAGCUACUAGUGUCUUUGAAAAAUCAUCAUAAAACUGUGACGUGUUUAUGUCUGAGCAGCUCUGGACAGAGGUUACUCUCUGGCUCACUGGAUAGGAAGGUGAAAGUAUAUAGCACAACUUCCUACAAAGUAGUCCACAGUUUUGAUUAUGCAGCUUCUAUUUUGAGUCUUGCACUUGCACAUGAGGAUGAGACAAUAGUUGUAGGAAUGACCAAUGGAAUACUGAGUGUUAAACAUCGGAAAUCUGAAGCAAAGAAGGAAUCUGUUCCCAGGAGACGAAGGCCUGCGUAUCGAACUUUUAUUAAAGGAAAAAAUUACAUGAAACAGCAGGAUGACAUUUUGAUCAACAAGCCAUCAAAGAAACACCUAGAAUUGUAUGACAGGGAUCUGAAAAACUUCCGGAUCUCUAAAGCACUUGAUAGAGUCCUUGAGCCCGGUUGUACAAUAAAGACGCCUGAGAUUACAGUUUCCAUCAUAAAGGAGCUAAAUCGAAGAGGAGUUCUUGCAAAUGCCCUUGCAGGUCGAGAUGAAAAGGAGAUCAGUCGUGUUCUUAAUUUUUUGAUAAGGAAUCUGUCUCAGCCAAGAUUUGCCCCUGUUUUGAUCAAUGCUGCUGAAAUAAUUAUUGAUAUAUAUCUGCCUGUGAUUGGUCAAUCACCUGUAGUUGAUAAGAAGUUUUUGGUACUUCAAGGACUUGUAGAAAAAGAGAUUGAUUACCAAAGAGAACUACUAGAAACCUUGGGGAUGAUGGAUAUGCUUUUUUCUACCAUGAUGAGUAAAGAAAGCACUUCUGUGUUGCAGCAUUCAUCUGAGGGAACUCUAGAGAACAAGAAGAUGAAAUCAUAGUAUCUGCUCACCAAGACACAUAAGAACUCCUAACUUGGAAUAGAAUUGAUGCUUUUAACUAUCGGGAAGAGAAUCUCUUUGAUACAUUUUUUAAAAAUCUAUUUACAGAAGCAAUUUUAUGAAAGGCUGGAAUAACUAUGAGUAGAAAAUAAGAACCUGUUUUAAGGCAUGGUUUUCCAUGUGAUAUUUUGAAUCACUUCAUGGCAUCUUCAGCUUGGAAGGUCUCAGUUGUUUUGGUCAUAGUGUAUGUCCAUCUCGGACAAGUUGAUACUAAUUUUUCACAAGAGAGUUCUGUUUCAGCGUUUGGGUGGGCAUUCAGAAUUCUGGAGGGGGUUUCAACUGGGAAUCCUGCCAGAGGAACGGGGCUUUAUUUUUUCUUUAUCCGGGAAAAAUAACAACAAUAACAACAACAAAACAAACAGCAAGAACAAGUCAAGUCUUUCUUCACUCUAAUCAGUGCCCUUGGGAUCCCCAGGCCCCAGCUGAGUUUGCCUCCCUCUCCUUGGUGUCAUCACUCGCCCCAGGUCACAUGUUCCCCUUCAGCUGGUAUUUUGACUGUAUCUGUUCCAAGUGUGGCAGAUUAGUGGCCAACUCUGAAUAACUGACACUAGUUGGACAUGUAUUCAGAGAAUGUGAUGAGGGAGAUUUGAUACCUAAAAAUUGUGCUCUCCGUCCCUUGUUUUCUUUUUAGUUCUGUGAUCUUGUAUGUUUAUCAGAGCAAGGUCUGCAGAUUGACCUUACGGACCGUGGUUUUCCACUUUCCCUCAACAUGCAGCUUUUCUACUGGGUUUUCAGCUUGCUUCAGGUCAGGGGAAUGACAACAUUUGCUGGUUCUGUCAUGAUAAACAGCCUUUCAGCCUUUUUUAUACAUAUGUUUGGAGCUUAUUUUGUAGCCACCUACCCCUCUGAAAACUGUUUUCUCUGAUCUGUAUUUAGAUUUUUAUUUUUUCUCUAUUCACAUCAUCUUGUGUUUCAGAACCCCAAGCCAGAGUAGCUUGCUUUGGAAAAUAGUUGUAUUUUUUUAAAAGUUUAAUGUAAGUCACAUUUUUUAUAAAGAGAUCUUAUUUUUCUUCUUGGAUUUCUGAGUUGUAUUAAGUCCUGAUGGAUGGUCACUGGCUUGUGACUCCUAGCAGACUGAUUUUAUAUUUGCUACCCUUUCUGCCUUCCCUCAGUUCCUGUUCCACCUCAAGUAGUUAAUUAUCUAUAAGGAAAUAUGUCUUAGGCUAGUUAAAGGGAGAUUUUGUAAUGGGAAUUUCUUAAAAUUUCAGUUCUGUGAAUUCAGAUAUAUUUUUUAAAGCAGAAAAAAUACUCCUAUGUUCUGCUAAGGGCAUGUGCUCAAACAUACUGUCUGGUCUCCCAAAUGAAUUGAUUUAAGCAAUCAUACAGCCCAGUGGGUUGUAAGAAACCAGGAGUUUGCUUCCCUGAGUAAUUACGAGAUUAGUCAAGGUCAGAAACUGUGUUUUCAUGUUAAGAAGGGCUAAUUUAUUUAAAUAAACUUUGUAUUUAAAAGCUUUUUUAAAAUUUAACUUCAUAAACAUGCUGAUAAUUUGUAUAAUAGUAAAAAUGAAAAGUUGAAAUUCUAUCAAAAACUAGCUGCCAUCAACUAUAUAACGUGACAAGGGUUUUUCCCAGACAUGUAUUUUAUUUGAUUCUUACUACAGCCGUCCAAAGUUGGUAAUCUCACUUAGCAUUGAAUUUACUAGAGUAGUUAAUUCACCCUUAAAUCCCCCAAGCUUGAGUUCUUCAUUCCAGCUCUGAACUGGCCUGCACACUGGGGCAGAAAGCACUCAUUCCCUUUAGUAGAAUUCACUGAAUGCUGCCGGUUUUAGAUGAGAUAUGUAGUAAUCACACAUUUUCAAAAAGGUUAGGAAACAAUUCUUACAGCCAUCAAUACUUCAGUGUUAAGUUUAGGAACAGGUUUUAUAUUCAUUGGGACAAACUAGUAUUUGCUGUUUGAAGUAGUACUUGAACACAGCUAACAUAAUACAGUAUGUAACAAUGGCAUUCAGUUCUAAUUUAAAAUGCCUAACAGAGUUUUAAACUUGUGAAUUGUAGUUGAAAGGUUUUUUAUGAUGUUUCUGAGACUGCAGAAAUACUGAACUAUUUCAGAGAACUAAGAAAGUCACUGUACAUUUAAUUUAUUGUAUUUAUAAGUUAAGCACUUGGGAAGGUUUUUCUUGUUGGGUCAAGUGUUUGAUUUGCUAUUUGUAAGAAAAUCAAAUAUCUUAAAUAUAUGCAUACUGUUAAUUUGUUAAGACUUUGGAUUAUAAAUGGGAUUGUUUAGAGAAAUUCAUCUCUAUCAAACAUUAAUUAAAAGCCCCAUUAAAAAUGAUUAUUAAAACAUAAUGGUUUUCUGAAUGGGAUAUUUGUAAGUUAAAAGUUUAAGGAAAGCUUUAAAAUACUUAAAUUUUAACAAGUAACUAUAAGUUGUCUUUCCCAUGAACAAAAUGCCCUUUCAGACAGACCUUAAAAAACAUUGAUAAGUAGGAUACACGCCUCUUCCCCUGGCCAUAGUUAGCUGCUCCAGGGGUAGUACACUUGGCUCAAGCCCUCUCUAAGCAGGGAGUUGUAAUUUGUGUCAUCAAAUUCUUGAUCUGAGAAAGUGUGGGAGGCUGGGAACGCUGUGUUUGAGUCAUGAGAAGAGGAAGCUGGUCUGCAGAGAGAAUGAAAGUCCAGAGGAAAUAAGACAAGGCCAUCCUGCCUCAGCAGGUCAGGCUAGAGAGAAAGGGUCUUAGUUCUCUGGUUUCUGUUUCCCUUCUGGCUCCUCCCCUUAGGGGCUCCAUGAGUCUUUGGAAUCCCUCUAAUAAAUUCUGCUUAGG